UUUUUAUCUUAUAUCUGUUUUAGUUCACAUAGCAGAAGAAAGUAAAGCUCCAGUAUGAAAGUUAUCGCCCUACUCGCAUUUUUCGGCAUCAUUGCCACUGCCUCCGCAAGUAUUCGCAUUUGUGGAAAAUUCUCGUUCAAGGGACUUAAAUAUCCAGAUGAAAAGGAUUGUGGUAAAUACUACCUAUGCAGAUUUGGACUAUUGAUAUCUCAACAAUGUAAAAAAAAUCAGCUCUUCAGUACACAAACGGCAAGUUGUGUUCCUUCACAGCAAUCUGACUGUAAGGCCCACCAAGAUUCUACAAUCGAUGAGAAACCUAUCGAAUCUGCUGUCGAUGAGAAACCUAUCGAAUCUGCUAUCGAUGAGAAACCUAUCGAAUCUGCCAUAGAUGAGAAACCUAUCGAAUCUGCCAUUGAUGAGAAACCUAUCGAAUCUACCAUAGAUGAGAAACCUAUCGAACCUACCAUAGAUGAGAAACCUAUCGAAUCUACCAUAGUUGAGAAACCUAUCGAAUCUACCAUCGAUGAGGAACCUAUCGAAUCUAACAUUAAUGAGAAAAACCAAGAGUAUUGUAAUAUCGCCGGUGAUGGUGUCCUUUUCCCUAACGUUCUGCAAUGCAAUCAAUUCUAUGAAUGCACCAAUGGAGUACCUGUAAAAUUCGAUUGUCCAGCUGGUUUAAUUUUCAACAACCAAUUAAAAACUUGCGAUUAUGCCGAAAGAACAUCAUGCGUCAAGUUUUUGCAACUUCCACUCCAUAUUGAACUUAUGAAUGACACCUAUAUAAGCUACCGCACUCUCCUUUCGUCCUGUAUCUGUUUCAGUGCUCAAAGCAAAAGAAAACAAAGCUCCAGUAUGAAAGUCAUCGCUCUUAUCGCAUUUUGUGGCAUCAUCUCCACUGCCUAUGGUUAUGGCGUCUGCUGGGGAUUCGGCAACCUAGGAGCUUCAUAUGCAAGUGGAAAUGAUUGUAGUAAAUACUAUCAAUGCAGUUUUGGACAAUUGGUAUCUAGACGGUGUGAUGAUGGUCUUCUCUACAGUUCAACAUAUGGAAGUUGUGUACUCCCACAGCACUCUGGAUGUUCAAACUACCAAAGCUACGUUGAUGCAAGAAACAAAGAGUAUUGUAGUCUCCUCGGCGAAGGCGCCCUCUUCCCUAACGUUCUUCGAUGCAAUCAGUUCUACGAAUGCGCCAAUGGGGUGCCUGUAAAAUUCGACUGCCCAGCUGGUUUAGUUUUCAACGACCUUUCGAAACGUUGUGAUUAUCCCAACAGAGCUUCCUGUGUUCAAUUUUUGCAACUUCCAUACCAUGUUGAAUAUGUGAAUGGAGACGAUGUUGUACAAGAAGAUGAUUCCUCCUCCUCCGAAGAAGAAGUUGCACCCUCUAAUCAAUAUGGAAACGAUGACACUUUUCAAGAAGAUGAUUCCUCCUCCUCCGAAGAAGUUGCACCCUCUAAUCAAUAUGUAAACGACGGCGUCAUAGAAGACGAUGAUUCCUCCUNAAUAAAAGUCUGUAUUAGCACCUAUAUAAGCUACCGCACUCUCCUUUCGUCCUGUAUCUGUUUCAGUGCUCAAAGCAAAAGAAAACAAAGCUCCAGUAUGAAAGUCAUCGCUCUUAUCGCAUUUUGUGGCAUCAUCUCCACUGCCUAUGGUUAUGGCGUCUGCUGGGGAUUCGGCAACCUAGGAGCUUCAUAUGCAAGUGGAAAUGAUUGUAGUAAAUACUAUCAAUGCAGUUUUGGACAAUUGGUAUCUAGACGGUGUGAUGAUGGUCUUCUCUACAGUUCAACAUAUGGAAGUUGUGUACUCCCACAGCACUCUGGAUGUUCAAACUACCAAAGCUACGUUGAUGCAAGAAACAAAGAGUAUUGUAGUCUCCUCGGCGAAGGCGCCCUCUUCCCUAACGUUCUUCGAUGCAAUCAGUUCUACGAAUGCGCCAAUGGGGUGCCUGUAAAAUUCGACUGCCCAGCUGGUUUAGUUUUCAACGACCUUUCGAAACGUUGUGAUUAUCCCAACAGAGCUUCCUGUGUUCAAUUUUUGCAACUUCCAUACCAUGUUGAAUAUGUGAAUGGAGACGAUGUUGUACAAGAAGAUGAUUCCUCCUCCUCCGAAGAAGAAGUUGCACCCUCUAAUCAAUAUGGAAACGAUGACACUUUUCAAGAAGAUGAUUCCUCCUCCUCCGAAGAAGUUGCACCCUCUAAUCAAUAUGUAAACGACGGCGUCAUAGAAGACGAUGAUUCCUCCUCCGAAGAAGCUGUACCCUAUAAUCAAUACGAACAAGGACAAGUAGAUCAGUCCGUCGAUGACUCUUAUCAAUAUGGAAUGGAUUAUACUGCAUAUGUAAAUGGUAAUGAUAACGCAAACGUUGAAGAACAACCUUCAGCUGCUAAUCAAUACGGAAUGUAUGGUCAGGAUUAUAUGGCAAAUGAAAGUGAAAGUGAUUAGUUACAUAGUACAUAUAUUAAUUUAAAAGCUAUGUAUCAAGCUUGGUAAAAAAUAAAAUAACAGGCAUUCAAAA